UUCAUUCUCAGGGAAAUAAUGGACUAAACUCAUGCUUUUAAAAAAUCAAAUGAGUGACCGGAUUUCUUCUAAAUGUCCACUUCUCUACUGAGAGAGAACAAAACCAGAGCCACCAUAAAACCAACAGGCAAAAACAAUCCAAAACAAUCUACCUUUCCGGGUGGCCGUGAGAGACCGAUUCAAAUACUGAACAAAACUAAACACAUACUGGACCUGAUUCUUGCGUUCUUGUGAGCCUGAGUCAUGAGUUGGAUGUUCCUCAGAGACCUCCUAAGUGGAGUAAAUAAAUACUCAACUGGGAUUGGGCGCAUUUGGCUGGCUGUUGUGUUCAUCUUUCGUUUGCUGGUCUACAUCGUGGCAGCAGAGCAUGUGUGGAAGGAUGAAGACAAGGAGUUUGAGUGCAACACUCGACAACCUGGUUGUGAAAAUGUGUGUUUUGAUUACUUCUUCCCCAUCUCCCAGGUCAGACUUUGGGCCUUACAGCUGAUUAUGGUGUCCACACCUUCUCUCCUGGUGGUCCUACAUGUAGCCUAUCGUGAGAGUAGAGAGAAAAGGCUCAGAAGGAAACUCUAUGUUAGCCCAGGCACCAUGGAUGGAGGUCUAUGGUACACAUACCUGAUCAGCCUCAUUGUGAAAACUGGAUUUGAAAUUGGCUUCCUUGUUUUAUUUUGUAAGUUAUAUGGUGGUUUUAGUGUUUCCCACAUUAUGAAGUGUGAUUUGAAGCCCUGUCCCAACACUGUGGACUGCUUCAUCUCCAAACCCACUGAGAAAACAAUCUUCAUCUUCUUCUUAGUCAUUGCCUCGGGCUUGUGCAUUGUGUUAAAUUUCGCUGAGUUGUGUUUUUUGGUUCUCAAGUACUUUUUCAAGUGCAGUCUCCAAAAGCAUUCUAAAAGGCUCAAGUGCUCAGAAUAUCAGAGCCAUCAUCUCAGAUCUGUUGAAUGUGGUGUCAUGGGGGCCCCUCCCCAACUUUAUAACCAUCAUUUAGACUUGGCUAUAGGUAUACCCCAGCAACCUGAAGCAAAGUUACUUUUUGACACACAAGAGAAUUAAACAAAGAAAUCUUGCAUCCUUUCUAAGUGAGAUUUUAACUGGCUUGGAAAACUUGGGGUGUGUUAAUAUUAUUUGGGAGAAAUUUAAAAUUAAAAAAAUAUCUCUCAUUAGUGAAUGCUACAGAGGACUCCUUGUUUUAUUGUAGGGUUCUUUUUGGACAAACAAGUUGUGUUUUUACUAGAUAGUUACAAAUUAAUCUAAAGAAAUGGAACUAACAGCCAGAUGCUGGUAGCUCAUAUCUGUAUAGCUCAUACCUAGCCAUUUAGGAGGCGGAGAUCUGAUAAUCUAGGUUCAAAGCCAA